AUACUAUACCAAGGUCAAGGUUACUUACUCCCUCAGUCAGUUUUACUUUUUUAUGAAACUUCGAAGAUGAGUAAAACGCCGAAAGAAUCUUUAUUCAGUUUCUUUCGGCGACGUGACUCCUCGCCAGAAGAUCAUGACUGUAAAAAAGAAUUAGAUAAUCGAUUAGCUGGAGAGCAGGCAACUGGAAGACAACUGUCAGAUGCAGGUCAGUUCGCAUACGCUGGCCUGUGUGGAAUUGCACUUCUUCAGCUUUAUCCCGAAGAGGAAUACGAAGACUAUAAAAAGGAAUGUAUAAACAAUGUUGUCCGACACAUCAAUCAAUGUGAUCAAGUUCGUUCGUCGGUUCAAGCUAUAAUGAAUGGGCGAGGACAUGAUUGUGAGAAGCCGUUCAUUCAAGUAAUCAGCGAAGAAGAAAUUAUCAAACGAGAGGGUUGCAAAUUACUAGUAAACGACUUCAUCGCCGCAAAUUUGCAAAAUGGAUCAUAUGAUGCCAGAACAAGAAUUCUUGCUAAGCAUCUGGCACGCCUGCUCAACGUUGACUGGGAAGAGGCUGAAGACUUUGAGCAACUAGUCGUGAAAGCACUUCAGACAGAUCAACAUGAAAUGACUGAAGAGGAGCAUGCAUUGAAGAAAAAAAAGCAACUGAAGGCUAAAAUAAAAAGAUAUGCUCUUAUAGGUGUUGCUACUGUUGGCGGAGGAACUUUAAUAGGCUUAACUGGUGGUCUGGCCGCCCCUUUCAUAGCUGGUGCGGUUUUGGGAAGUGGAGCAGCUGCUGCUUUAGGAACUGCUGGAAUAGCCGUAUUCGGGACUCUAUUCGGCGUAGCGGGAGCAGGUCUCACGGGUUAUAAGAUGAAAAAAAGAAUCGGUGAUAUAGAGGAGUUUGAAUUCCAACCCAUUACAUCUGGCCAGCAUUUAGCUGUAACAAUAGCCAUUUCUGGAUGGCUAACAGAUUCUAUUCAAGAUUUUAGAUACCCUUGGCGAAAUUUAUCUAUUUCCCGUGAACAGUUUGUUUUGAAAUAUGAAUCUAAAUAUCUUCACCAGAUGGGCCAGGCCAUUGAUUAUUUGUUAAGUUUUGCUGUUUCGGCUGCGGCACAAGAAGCUUUACAAUAUACCAUUCUGUCAUCGUUGUUAGCUGCAAUCGCUUGGCCUGCAACACUCUUAAGCGCAGCCAGUAUAAUCGAUAAUCCAUGGGGAGUUUGUACUCAAAGAUCAGCCGCGGUUGGCAGACACCUUGCCGAAGUAUUGCUCUCCCGUCAACAAGGAAGACGCCCCAUCUCUCUGAUAGGAUUCAGCCUGGGUGCUCGAGUUAUCUUCUUUUGUUUACAAGAAAUGAGCAGAAGAAAAAAUUGUGAGGGAAUUAUAGAAGACGUUGUAUUACUUGGAGCACCUGUGACUGCCUCUAAAAAAGAAUGGACAAGUUUUAGAAAGGUUGUUGCUGGUAGGAUAGUUAAUGGUUUCUGCAGAAAAGAUUGGUUGCUUAAAUUUCUUUAUAGAACAACUAAUAUCCAAUACAGCAUAGCAGGCUUAGAAAGGAUUGAUCUUCAGGACAGGCGUAUGCACAAUUUUGAUUUAACGGAAAUAGUUAAUGGUCAUAUGGACUACAUGAAUAAAAUGGACGAAAUACUUCAGUCAAUCGGGAUUCCAUGUAAGAGGUCAUUUCAAGCAAUUAUUCCUGGAUCAACAUCACUUCCUGCCGAUUUGGAAAGCUCUGUACCUCAGAGGAUAAAACGAACUGCUAGUCUACCAUCCCCUUGCUAUAAAAGCAACCUAAAUAAUAAUGUCACAGACGACAAAAAUUCAUGA